AUGCCGGCCAUCCCCCUCCGGCUUUCCCUUAGAAAUGUCCGCCAUACUCGAAAGGUCCCUGGUUCGCCGUAUGGGCAGUCCCUAAACGCAGUUUAUAGGGUAUCUCAUUCAAAUGGCUACCGCAUAACUGGGGGACCCGGGGUUUCUCGCAUUCAAUACGUAUCUCCAUGCACCUCUCGAGGCUAUAUUACAGACAGAACUUCACCCGAGCUAUCGUAUAACCGGAAACCGCAGCCCCAGUCACACGAGAGAUCUGUCUCGACACAGGCGGUCGAUAAUAGAUUACUGGCGGGCGAUCCAUCCGUGAAUUCCUCACCAACGGAAUCAGUUAUAUAUCCCGAGCCGUAUUCUAGGUUGACAGAAGCCCAUGCGAGGGAGAAUGCGGCCCUACCAUCUUCAGAAUCGCUCUUGGCCUUACCUACCCUCCUUUCGAAGCCGCAAUCCUCACUUUAUGCUCUAUCGCAAAUGGGGAUUGUUGAGAUUGAUACGGACGUCGCCAAACUCUCUGAUAUAGGUGCUGUCAUGUGUAAAUUGGUAUGUCGUAUUACACCUGCGUCAGGCGUAGGUAUUGGAGAACCAAUUGAGGUCGCAGGUCUUGGGCAGAACUCCCGCUCUGCGGAAAAUGCUGCUUACGUCUUCCUUGUGUCCGCGCUUCAUACCAAGGGCUACCUUAACAAUAUCGUAAAAUCUUUUAAGGCGUUACGGGACACAAGGGCACACCACUUUGAUCUAUCAGAUGUCUACCAUUACGCCUCUCGAUAUGCAAUCUUACCCGAGGUUCAUUGCACAUCCACACCGGAUCCUGGUUUUACAUCCUACGCCCAGCAUGAAGUCAGGAUUGAAUUACCGGCUCAAAAUAUUCGGUCUGUUGCUACAGGGAAUAUUCUUCCCAAGGUCGUCUCAGAGGCUGCCCGCUCCUUUAUAGCUCAGAUAUCACAACAGGAUAUCCCGGAAAAUCAAGGACAAGUUAUACCCGAUUCUGCUCCUCUUACUGUGGAUAUUGCUCCAAAUUUCCUCAAUUUUUACUUAUCAAAAUGUAAUCAAUCUAGCGAGAUUGAAUCUCGUUGCACCCAGGAAAAGGCUGGUGCUUCUACGGUCUACUAUGGAACACUUUUUAUCGAUGGCCAACCUGUGUCAAACCCAGUAAUGGCUGACUCCCCAAAAUCAGCGAAAUCUCUUGCAAGGUUUGCAGGAGCCGUUCAUCUCAUUGGCAAGGAUCCCUCUAUUUGGCCGGAGUUCAUAACGGAGGUGCGGGAGACUGCGCCCCUUGUUCACUCUGUCUCCGUUUCAAUGUCUCCCGCAACUCUUUGUGCCAUCCAAAGCUCCCUCGAAAGCAUAUAUUAUCCCAAAGACCAGGCUAAGACUGAAGAGACUCCUUCAAGUAACAUUGAGUCACUGUUUCCAAACGUCCUUGCUUCCGCCGUGCGCCAGGCCGAGUCCACGGAACCAACUUUUCUACCUUUUAGCGACCGUACUUUGGAGGAAACGCUCCACGCAAGAAAUUCUCUGCCCACAAGGCAGCACGCUAAAGAAAUCCUUGACACUAUAAAUGAAAAUACUGUUAGCAUCAUAGUUGGGUCCACGGGGAGUGGAAAAACCUCCCAAAUUCCUCAAAUGGUGCUGGAGCAGUCCCCCGAUUCUCAUAUAAUGGUUACCCAGCCACGCAGGGUUACUACUACGACGAUUGCGAGGCGAGUCGCAUUUGAACGUGGAGAGGCACUUGGAAAAUCCGUUGGAUAUGAAAUUCGAUGGGAUGCUAUAAAGCCGUCGUCCAACAGUGGUAUCACCUAUAGAACGACUGGAGUUAUGUUACUGGAUAUGUUACGGAGAGGUGAUGAGAUCCUGGACACCGUAUCCCACAUAUUUGUUGAUGAAACUCAUGAGCGUGAUACCCCUACAGACCUUCUCCUGGCAUUAUUGAGGAGAGAAAUCAAUAGACGUACCAAUGCAUCCAUGUCUGUUCCAAAGAUCAUUAUUAUGACCGCAGAUCCCGAAACAGCCGCACUUGAAAGCUAUAUGGGAACUGUGUCCGAAAAUGGAGAAUCUACUCCAGCAACUCGCAUGGAGAUGCCGAAUUCACAUCAUCCUGUUCAGCGUUAUUUCCUUGAGGACAUACUGCACUCAUUGUUUUCCACUCAUUCUGCUGAAGAUCUGAUGCCCCUACUCUCUGACACAUCAACAAGUCAACAUAUUGCAGCUGAGAAGAAUUUGAUAACCCCUGAACCCUCGAAAGACAAUGACGAGGCUAAGCUACCCAUUCCCAAUGCCUUGUUGGAGGAGGCUACUGCCAAUUCCCCAAUCAGUGAGAAAGAGCAUUUCGUUCCUCUUGGACUGACCGCUGCUACAAUUGCCCAUAUUGCUAAAACUGAGGACGAAGGUGUGAUCCUAGCUCUGUUUCCAGGCCUUGACGUGAUGAAGCGCCUAGAAAAACUACUCUAUGAACAUCCUCUAGGAAUUGAUUUUAGCGACGAAGCCAAAUUCCAAAUUUUCAAGUUACACUCCGGUCUGGGCGAUAUCGACGAGACUGUGUUACGUCCAGCCAAGGAGGGAUGCCGCAAAAUCAUUCUGUCAACAAAUAUUGCUGAGAACUCAAUAAAUAUACCAGAGGUUCGAUAUGUAGUUGAUAGCGGAAAGAAGCAUGAUUCGGUCUAUGACCCUUCAACUGGCCUGCGGAAGGUAGUGGGUGGCUGGGUUGACAAGCUGGCUAUCCAUCAAAGGGAGGCUUGUGCAAGCAGGACUGGAAACGGGUCCUACUAUGCCACAUUCACACAGUCCAGAUAUGACACUUUGACAAAGAGCGCCCCUCCUCGAAUCUAUGUGGACGAAAUCGAAACCGAAUCGCUUCAGCUGAGGGCCACCCUGCCCAAUUUACCUCUCCGCGAUUUCAUGCGUCAGGUGCCAAAUCCACCUUCACUGGAUCGCCUCAACAGUACCACUGCGAACUUGCAGUCAAUCGGAGCAAUAGACAACAAUGGUGAUAUUACCGCUCUAGGUCGUAUCCUAUCUCUAUUACCUGUCCCGCUAAAGGCUGGUAGGAUGGUCAUGCUCGGUAUCCUAUUGCGAUGUCUUGAGCCCGCUUUGGUUCUUGGUGCCGCCACGCACGCCCGCUCCCUUUUCAUCCCAUCUAGGUCUGAGCGAUGGUAUAAUUCACCGCGCCGGAAGUUUGCUGGGGACACCAACAGCGACCACAUAGCAAUAUUACGAGCCUAUCGGAAAAUUCGCCAAAUUUCCAACAGGGAUGGGCAAGAUGCUGCUCGGAAAUAUUGCUUGCAGCAUUCUAUGAGCCACGCGACAUAUUUGGACAUGGAGUUAUUCAUCUCACGAAUAACCCUCACUCUUCGUCAUCUCAACCUCAUCCCGGCAACAGAGAGUGAGUCUGGGGAUCAGCUUCAGAAAGUCCUCAACGAAAACUCUGGCGACCAUUCAGUUCUCAGGGCACUUAUCACUGCCACCGUGACCCCAAAUAUUGCAAUCAAACCCAGUGAUAGUGGAGGCCAAUGGCACACCAAACGUUUCCCAGCAGCUGUCGUUAGCAAUAAAAGCACGAACUCGUUCCAGAAAAGCUGGGCGGGUCGAAUGCUGGCGUUUAACGAGGCAUUGAACUUCCAUAGUGAGGCAGACGCAAUCAUGAUGGACACAACAACUAUCCACCCAUUGAUGGCCUGUCUCUUUGGUGGAAACCUGGCCCGCGAGGAUAAUGCCCUGUUUCUUGAUUCCCACUUAGCAGUCAAAGUCAAAUCCCCUGAUGGCACGCUGGAAGGUAAUUCUAAGGCUGCCAGUGCCGUUGUCAAGGCAAGAAAGCUGAUAGACAAGGCAUCCGAGGAUUUCUUCAACGACCUCGCCAGCAACAGGAGCUGGAGGGAGGCUGAAUCAGAUCGGCGAACCCUUGCGACUCAGAUCAAAAGCAUCAUAGAUACCUUGCCUGAUACCCGUCAAUCAGGCCCGUUGAUACGAAAUAUCCCCUAA